AUGGGAAAAAAAGGAAGUUGGUUUUCUGCAGUGAAGAAAGUUUUCAGUCAUGAUUCCAGAAAAGACAAGAAAAGUCAGAAAUCAAAGAAAAAAAGUACUCAACAGGACACAGAUGUGAAAACAGAAGAAGUAGUACAAGUUUCUGUUCCACAGAUAGAAGAUGUGAAAUUAAGUGAGUUAGAGAACGAACAAAAUAAACAGGCUAUUUCUCUUGCUUUUGCCACUGCUGUCGCGGCGGGGAAGGCUGUUGCUGCUGCUCAGGCUGCUGCCGAGGUUGUUCGUCUCACGAGUAUGCCUCUUUACCCUGCAAAGACUAUGGAGGAAUUGGCUGCUAUCAAGAUUCAGACCGUGUUCCGUGGAUAUUUGGCGAGAAGAGCUUUGCACGCAUUGAGAGGUUUGGUGAGGUUGAAGACAAUGAUACAAGGACAAUCUGUUAAACGGCAAGCAGGCAGCACCUUAAGAUGCAUGCAAACUCUAGCAAGAUUGCAGUCACAGGUUCGCGAAAGGCGAGUUCGAAUGUCCGAGGAGAAUCAGGCUCGUCAGCGCCAACUACAACAGAAACAUGAAAAAGAAUUCAUGAAGUCGCAAACUUCCCAGGUUGGAGAAGAAUGGGAUGAUAGUUUGCAAUCAAAGGAACAAAUUGAUGCAAAAUUCUUGCAAAGACAAGAAGCUGCUUUCAAAAGAGAGAGGGCUUUGGCUUAUUCAUUUUCACAUCAGCAAACAUGGAAGAGCUCUUCAAAAUCUAUAAACCAAACAUUUAUGGAUCCAAACAAUCCUCACUGGGGAUGGAGUUGGUUAGAGAGAUGGAUGGCGACUCGACCAUGGGAAGUCGAAAGCCUCAUUAUGAAUCACAGACCUUCUCCGGUCGGCCAAAAAUUAAGAAGACAAAGCACUCAGAAUUCUCCUUCAACUUCAAAGACAAAGCCGUCAAGCUCAAAGGGCGAAACAAUUGAUGACUCGAGAAGUAUGUUCAGUGUUCAUUCCGAACGGUAUCGACGAUAUAGUAGCAUUGCAGGAUCGUCGGUUAGAGAUGACGCGAGCGUUGAAAGCUCGCCGGUGUUUCCAAGUUACAUGGCACUCACUAGUUCUGCAAAGGCAAAGUCCAAACUAAUGCAAAAGACAUCACCAUCGGCAUCUUCGGUUUCUGCAAGGAAGAGGCUUUCUUUCCCUGCUUCUCCGGUUGGUUCAAGAAGGUACUCCGGUCCACCUAAGGUGGAAAUAUAA